AUGCACGACACGUUCGGGUACGGCGCGCAGCCCGGGCCGGCGCCGGGGGUGUACGCGCCGGGAGAGGGCGCGAACUCCGGGCCGGGGCUGAUGCCGUUCGACGGGUCGUCGCAAAAGAAACGGAGAAACGCGGCCGCGGAGCGCAUCAAGAAGACGUUCAACCCGUGGCACCUGGUCCUGGUGUUCAUGACGCUGUUUCUGUACCUGAGUUAUUACAGUCGCAAGGAGGUGGUGAGCAAAAGACGCGUGAGAAAGCACAAGGAUGGGCUGGAGGGGGAUUUGCGAGAGGUGCGAGCGCGAAUGACGACGCUCGAACACGACCUGUUUGUGCGCAGCAAAGAGCACGAAACGCUGACGCGAGAGUUGGAUUCGAUGCGACGCGAGCACGAGACGACGAAACACGAGCUAGAGGCGAAGAAGAUUGAGGUGAAGGAACACGUCGAGCGGGCGGCGAGCAAGCCGGUUCGAGCGGGCGACGUCUCGACGUGCCAAAAGGAGGUGAAGACGCUGAAGACGGAGAUGGAGUUGAUGAGACACAAGUGCAGAGUGACGGAGCUAGAGUUAGAGCGCGCGAAACACGAAGCGGAGUUCAUGAAGGAGCACAUCAGAGAGGAAGUCAUCAAGGAGGAUAUCGAGCAACUCGAGAAGCAAAUCGAAAUCGAUGAAAAGGCUGAGGCUGAGGCUGCGGCUCGCGAAGAAGUAUCGCACUUUUCGUGA